AUGAAGCGAAAGAAGGCCGCCCAAAAAGCUGACGGACAGACAGCCGAAACGCCGGCCAAACGAUGCGUCGAGCUCCAAAAUGUCUCCAUCUCCCCGGAACACCUGACAAAACAGUUCGAGCGGGCCUUUCGGGACAAAUUUUAUGCGGCUCGCCCCUUUGCCCACAUCUCGCUGCGCAAUUUCGUCGACAAUUCGGAGAAUUUUGUGGAAAGACUCGAGGAAGAGCUGCAGACGUACGAGAAUUGGCAUCGCAAGGAAAAUGAUCUCUACUCCCUCUACCAGACGACCGAUUUCAAGAACAUCCCCUCCACGUCGCAACCCAACAUGUUCUCGUUUCGACAAUUCCUGCAACAAGUCGUCAAGCCGUGGCUUCAAACCAUGGCCGAAGUCCCGCUAACUGACCAGAUCGACAUUACGGGAAGUUGCUACGCGGAAACGGAUAAUCUCUUGCCGCACAACGAUCAGAUUGAUACUCGACGCUUCGCCUUUGUCUACUAUCUCACCGAGGCAAACUGGAAAAAGUCGGACGGUGGUCUGUUGCAGCUUUAUGAUGCCGAUUACAAAUCGACACCGUCCGAAGUGGCCAAGCAACUGCGGCCAUUCCGCAAUUCGUUUUUGCUGUUUGAAGUGACGGAGAAGUCGUGGCACCAAGUGCAGGAGAUUUGCCAAGCCGAGAAGCCGAGGCUCUCCAUCAACGGGUGGUUCCAUUCGAAGCGGCGCUUGCCGGAAAUUGUGCCAAAGCCCGAGAAGAUCCCCAAGUCGAUGCCGAUCGAUGCCGGGAAGAUUACGACGAAUAAGAUGGUGGCGCCGCAAUAUUUGGACUUCCACAAGCAAGUCCAGGUGUACAAACUGUUCGCCGAGAAUAGCGAAGUGUUGUUGCCCGACUUUUUCGAGACUUCGCGAUACAGUAAACUACUCAAGCUUCUCGAUCAGAUCGACUUCGAGCAGGUCGGGCCGCCGAAUAAAAGGCAUGUUUUCCGAUUACCCGACCACUGCGACGUCGGCGGCAGCCUCGGGAAGCUGGUUACUUGGCUAAAAUCGAAAGAAGCUGCCAAAUUAUUUGAGAAGCUGACGAGUUGCUCGCUGUCGGAUAGCCAAAUGUCCCUACAAAUCUCGAGAAUCGAAAAGGGGUGCUACAGCGUGGCCGGCGAUGAGGAUGCUGAACAGGCUGAACGUGAUGGGCACGUGCUCGACAUUAAUCUUUUCCUGGGCCGCGAGGACUACCCGACCAAAGUGGGAGGCUCGAUUUCGUAUGUGGCCAAGAAUGAGGAAGAGGAGUUAAUUCACAUCACCCCGAAGAUGAACUCGGCGGCCCUGGCGCUGAAGGACCCCGAAGUCUACUCGUUCCUGAAAUACGUCACGCACAAGGCGCCGGGGCCAUUCUACCUGGUCAACCUCCGCUACUACAAGGUGCCGGUGGAGACGCAAUCGGACGGCGACGAU